AUUACAUCAGAUAAGGCUGAUCUGGUUGUUCCUUUAUUUUCUCCACUGCACUGCUCAGCUCACCACAACACUGUAGUUUAGACUCCAUGACUGAUUCAAAACCCAACAAAUUAGGAUCUCAAAGAUGCAGACUCCACUCUAUCUAAAUUUUAGUAUUUAAGCUCCCCACAGUACUAUACUUCUGACACUAACCCUUUUUGGCAAGCUAGUUAAUCAAUCUACCUCAAUGACCGACCAACAUCCCUCAAGUGCUCAAGCGGGAAACACUACGAAUGAAAAUGAAGCAGCUAGAAGGGCCCAAGAGCAACUCGAUAUAAAUAACUGGCUGCCCAUCACUGCUGACAGGAAUGCAAAAUGGUGGUACUCAGCUUUCCACAAUAUCACGGCUGUUGUUGGUGCAGGAAUACUGGGCUUACCAUAUGCAUUAUCAGGAUGUGGCUGGGGCCCUGGAAUUGCAGCCAUUUUCUUGUCAUGGGUGAUCACUUUCUACUCAUUCUGGCAACUGAUUAGACUGCAUGAAAUAGUACCGGGGCAGCGUUUUGAUCGAUACCCGGAACUAGGGCAGCAUUGUUUUGGGCCAAAACUAGGGUACUGGAUUAUUAUGCCGCAGCAGAUGACUGUGCAAGUGGCUUCAUGCAUUGUGUAUACAGUCACGGGUGGCAAGUCAUUGAAAAAAUUCUUCGAACUCGUUGUUCCAAGUAUAGGCCAUAUUAGACAAACAUAUUUCAUCCUCUUCUUUACUGUUUUGCAAUUAGGGCUCUCUCAAUCUCCCAAUUUCAAUUCUCUGAAAGGAAUUUCUCUCCUCGCGGCACUCAUGUCUUGCGGUUACGCGAUGAUAGCAUUUGUGACAUCGACAAUCAUGGGUGUAAAUAACCACGCGCAUGUUGAUCAUUCACUUCGAUCUCAUACGACACCAAGCCAAGUAUUUGAUAUGUUGGGUGGAUUAGGAACAAUAGCAUUUGCUUUUGCCGGACACAGCGUGGCUUUAGAGAUUCAAGCCACAAUCCCUUCAACUCCAGAGAAACCCUCAAGAAUUGCAAUGUGGAGAGGCGUCGUCGUGGCUUACGUCAUCGUAAUAUUUUUCUAUCUUGCAGUUGCAAUCUCUGGCUUUUGGGCUUUUGGCAAUUCUGUAGAGGAUGAUGUUCUCAUCUCACUAGAAAAACCUGCUUGGCUCAUCGCAGCCGCUAACCUAAUGGUGUUUUUCCAUGUUAUAGGAAGCUAUCAGGUCUUUGCAAUGCCUGUGUUUGAUCUGAUCGAGUCGGUUUUAGUAAAUAAUUUACGUUUCAAACCAGGAUUGCUAUUACGUUUCAUUGCUCGCAGUGCGUACGUACUCGUAGCAGGGUUCAUUGCAAUGUGCAUUCCAUUUUUUGGAGGAUUGUUAGGACUAUUUGGAGGUUUAGUGUUCUCCUCGACAUCUUAUUACAUGCCUUGCGUUAUGUGGAUUGUCGUUCAUAAACCAAAAAGAUUUAGUAUGCACUGGUGGGCCUCAUGGUUUUCGAUCGUGGUAGGCGUGCUGCUGGCUCUUUUUUCACCCAUAGGAGGAGCGCGCGAAAUUAUUAUGCAAGCCAAAAGUUACAAAAUGUUUUCUUAG